GGCGGGUACUUUACCACCAGCAUAGCAGAGAGGAUUGUUCAGAUUUUUCAAAAAUCAAUUCCUAUGAGGGUCUUGCUCUUGAAACGACAUUCUAGCGCUCUUGCAUCUCUAGAGCCCAAAAUUUCUUCAGAUAAAGAGUACAGAAUCCUUGAUUUUUGCAAGUCCGGUGCGCUUCUGGAUGCAAUUCAUCUCCUUAACUCCGCAGAUGUCAGCACUGAAAUCUCUGUUAAACCAAUCCUGUACGCUAAACUCCUGCAAACUUGCACCAAGGUCUUGUCCUUCACUCAUGGUCUCCAGAUCCAUGCCCAUGUGGUUAAAUCCGGUCUUGAGAACGAUCGCUUUGUGGGUAAUUGUUUGCUUUCUUUGUAUUUCAAGCUGGCCCCUGAUUUUAGAGACACCCGCAAGGUUUUUGAUGGUUUACUUGUAAAAGAUGCGAUUUCGUGGACAUCAAUGAUUUCGGGGUAUAUUCGUGUGGGAAAGUACAAGAGGUCGCUUGAAAUGUUCUUGGAGACGUUGGAUUUUGGUCUCGAGCCAAAUGGAUUCACUUUAUCUGCAGUGAUCAAGGCCUGCUCUGAGAUCGGGAAGCUAAGGCUCGGCAGGAGCUUUCAUGGGGUGGUAAUGAGACGUGGGUUAGAUUCAAGUCCGGUUAUUUCCAGCGCCUUGAUUAAUUUUUAUGGGAGGAAUUAUCAGGUGAUGGAUGCAUACCAGGUGUUCAACGAAUUGCCUGAACCAGAUGCUAUUUGUUGGACGUCGGUUAUUUCAGCACUCACGAAGAAUGAUUUGUAUAGGGAAUCUUUAUGUUUUUUCUAUUCGAUGCAGAGGAAUCAUGGCUUGCGCCUAGAUGAGUUUACAUUCGGGACUGUUUUGACUGCUUGUGGUAAUUUGGAGAGGUUGAAACAAGGCAAACAAGUUCAUGCUAAGGUUAUUACUUAUGGGCUCCAGGGUAACGUGGUGGUGGAGAGCAGCCUUGUCGACAUGUAUGGAAAAUGUGGGUUACUUAAUCUGUCUCAGCAUGUUUUUGAUAGGAUACCAAAGAAGAAUUCAGUUUCUUGGUCUGCAUUGCUUGUAGCAUACUGUCAAAAUAACGACCAUGAAUCCGUUUUUAGGAUUUUCAGUGAAAUGGAUGUGGUUGAUAUUUACUGUUUUGGAACUGUUCUUCGUGCUUGUGCUGGUUUGGCAGCUGUUAGACAAGGGAAAGAGGUUCACUGUCAAUACGUGAGAAGGGAUAGUUGUAGAAAUGUAAUUGUAGAGUCAGCCUUGGUUGAUCUGUAUGCUAAAUCUGGUUGUAUUGAUUUUGCACAUCAUAUCUUCACUAGUUUGCCAGUCAAGAAUUUGAUAACCUGGAAUGCAAUGAUUAAUGGUUUUGCUCAAAAUGGAAGAGUCAGCGAAGCUCUGAGCAUAUUCGAAGAGAGGAUUAAUAAAGGAAUGAAGCCUGAUUACAUUAGCUUCAUUGGCGUUCUUUCUGCUUGUGGUCAUACAGGUUUGGUGGACCGAGGGCGAAAAUAUUUCACCUUAAUGGUUGAGGAGUAUGGAAUCAAACCGCGAAUUGAACAUUACAAUUGCAUGGUUGAUCUCUUAGGCCGCGCUGGUUUACUAGAAGAAGCUGAAAGUUUGAUAGAGAAUGCAGAUUGCAGGAAUGAAUCCUCUCUUUGGGCUAUCAUUCUUGGUGCCUGUACAGCCUCUACAAAUUCCAGCACUGCCGAGCGCAUUGCUAGCAAGAUGAUCGAACUGGCACCUGACUACCACUUGAGUUACGUUUUGCUUGCUAAUGUAUAUAGAGCAGUGGGAAGAUGGAACGAUGCUUUAAAGAUUAGAAAGCUAAUGACAAAACGAGGCGUCAAGAAGAUACCAGGCAAGAGUUUGGUCGAAACUCAACAGUAAUUCCAGUUCUUUUCUGGCUGUGGAUUAUUUGGAAAUGCUUGGCAGGGUUAACUAAAUUCGUUCACGACAAUUAUUUUUUGGGACAGCAUACUUAGAUUUCUGUCUCAUGUAGAGAAUUAAUAAAUUUGUAAUUUCUAA